GUUUAUUACCGUCAAAUCCGUAGAGUGCGGUAGGACCCCAGACUGGGCAAUGCAAACUGCAGGUCAUAGAGCCUAGGACAUGAAGCCUCAUGCAACCAUUUUCUUCACAUAUUACUUUUUCCAAAUUUAUUAUUUUUUUGGUUUUAUUCAUUCAAGCUUGAUACAUGCUCGAUUCCCUCCCUUUCCAAAGCUAUUUUUUAGCUUUUUCUUCUUUUUUUUUUUUUUGUUUGUACACUGCUACAUCUGCUACUUAUUGUAGCCUAAAACCCCCUAUUUUAUUCAUUCAUAAGGGAUAGUAGUGCAUACAAGUAAAGCUAUCUUCCUCAGCGAAGAACUAGCAGAGCGACUCCGAGAUGAUAACCUCAUCUUUCUGCCAGAUUCUUCUUCACGUUUCCUUUCUUCUUUUUCUCUUCUCCUCCUGCUGUGGCUACAGCGAUCUCGAUGCACUCUUGAAGCUAAAGACCGCUCUCAUCGGACCCAAAGGUUCUGGUCUCGUGGACUGGGAACCUCCAUCUUCUUCCUCCUCCUCCUCAUUUGCUCAUCACUGCUCUUUCUCUGGAGUUAAAUGCGAUGAGGAUUCACGAGUUAUCGCUCUCAACGUCUCCAAUCUGCCUCUCUUCGGUACCAUUCCUCCGGAGAUUGGGCUUCUGAAUAAGCUCGUAAACCUCACAAUCGCCGCCGAUAAUCUCACUGGGGGACUUCCCAUGGAAAUGGCCAACCUCACGUCUCUCAAAUUCUUGAACAUCUCCAACAAUGUCUUCGGAGGCAAUUUCCCUGGAAAAAUCACGCUCACUAUGACGGAGCUCGAGCUACUCGACGCCUACAAUAACAACUUCACGGGUAAUCUCCCCGUCGAGCUCGUCGAGCUGAAGAAGCUCAAGUAUCUUCAUCUCGGCGGAAACUUCUUCUACGGCGCGAUUCCGGAGAAUUACGCCGAGAUACAGAGCUUAGAGUAUUUGGGCCUCAAUGGUAAUUCCCUCACAGGAAAAUUCCCGGCGAGCUUGGGUCGGUUGAAAAACUUGAAACAUUUGUAUGUUGGAUACUUUAACAGGUACGAAGGUGGGAUUCCACCGGAGUUGGGAUCUUUGCGCUCGCUCCAACUGCUUGACAUGUCGAGUUCUAACCUCGCCGGUGAGAUCCCUCUGAGCCUGAGCAACUUGAAAAAUUUACACACACUGUUUUUACAGUUUAACAGUCUGACAGGUCAUAUACCUCCGGAACUCUCCGGUUUGGUGAGCUUGAAAUCUCUGGAUCUAUCAAUCAACGGCCUAACGGGAGAGAUACCAGAAAGUUUCUCAGAGCUUAAGAACUUGACGUUAAUCAACCUGUUCAAGAACAAUUUUUACGGUAGAAUCCCGGAGUCCAUCGGUGAGCUUCCGAACCUCGAAGUGCUUCAGGUGUGGGAGAAUAACUUUACGUUUUAUCUUCCGGAGAGUCUGGGCCGAAAUGGUAAGCUCAAGGAUCUGGACGUCACGAACAAUCAUUUCACCGGCCUCAUUCCUCGCGAUUUGUGCAAGGGUGGGAGGUUGAAGACGCUGAUCCUGAUGCAAAACCACUUCUUCGGACCCAUCCCGGAGAGUCUCGGGGAAUGCAAGUCGCUGACGAAAAUCCGAAUCAUGAAGAACUUGCUCAACGGAACGAUUCCCCGGGGAAUUUUUAACCUGCCACAGGUCAUCAUGAUCGAAGCAAAUGAUAAUUACUUCUCCGGCGAACUUCCUUCGCACAUGUCUGGAGAUUCACUCGGAAUUCUCGCCCUUUCUAACAACUGGAUUUCCGGGCAAAUACCGGCGGCGGUUGGAAAUCUCUGGAAUUUGCAGAUUCUAUCCCUGGAAUCGAAUAGGUUUUCAGGCGAAAUUCCCAAGGAAAUCUUCGGUUUAAAUCUGUUAUCCAAAAUCAACAUUAGCAGCAACAACCUCAGCGGUGAAAUUCCCGCUUCGUUUUCUAAUUGUUCUAAUCUUACAGCCGUUGAUUUUAGCGGGAAUGGCUUAUCGGGAGAGAUUCCAAGCGGGAUUGCAGGAUUGCAAGAUCUAAGCAUUCUGAAUUUCUCGAGAAACCAUCUAACAGGGAAAGUACCCUCAGAAAUUCGGUCCAUGACAAGCCUAACUACCCUGGACCUCUCAUACAACAAUUUCUUAGGCCAAAUCCCAACUGGCGGGCAAUUUCUGGUAUUCAACGACUCGUCCUUCGCCGGAAACCCUUUUCUUUGUCUGCCACGUCAUUUGCCAUGUGCAUCUCUUGUGAACCAAGCUCGCUCCUCCGGCGGUGGCCACAACAGUUUUAAUUCUUCCAAGCUCAGUCUCACCGUGAUUGCAGCUGCCACGCUUUUGUUAUUGGUCCUCCUCACGGUUUACAGAAUGAGAAAGAAGAAGCUCCAGAAUUCGAGGGCUUGGAAGCUCACAGCGUUCCAGCGACUGGAAUUUAAGGCGGAGGACGUUCUGGAGUGCUUGAAGGAAGAGAACAUCAUUGGCAAAGGAGGUGCGGGGAUCGUCUACCGCGGUUCCAUGCCGGACGGUGCUGACGUCGCAAUCAAACGGCUUGUAGGUCGAGGUAGCGGACGGAGCGAUCACGGCUUCUCCGCCGAGAUUCAGACUCUUGGACAGAUCAGACACCGAAACAUCGUGAAACUGUUGGGGUACGUGUCGAACAAGGAUACCAACUUGCUGCUCUACGAGUACAUGCCUAAUGGCAGCUUGGGAGAGCUGUUGCACGGGUCAAAGGGGGGUCGUCUCCAGUGGGAGACGAGGUAUAAAAUUGCAGUGGAGGCUGCAAAAGGAUUGUGUUAUCUCCACCAUGAUUGUUCGCCUCUGAUUAUCCACAGAGACGUGAAAUCCAAUAACAUUUUGCUUGAUUCGGAGAUGGAAGCUCAUGUGGCUGAUUUUGGGCUCGCCAAGUUCUUACAGGACGCUGGAGCAUCCGAGUGCAUGUCUUCCAUUGCUGGUUCCUAUGGUUACAUCGCGCCAGAGUACGCUUACACGCUGAAAGUGGAUGAGAAAAGCGACGUAUACAGCUUCGGUGUGGUGUUGCUGGAGCUAAUAGCAGGGAGGAAACCGGUUGGGGAAUUCGGGGAUGGUGUGGACAUAGUCAGGUGGGUGAGGAAAACCACAUCGGAACUUUCUCAACCGUCGGAUGCUGCUUCGGUUCUGGCGGUGGUGGACCCCAGGCUCACUGGGUACCCACUGACAGGUGUCAUACAUCUGUUCAAGAUUGCAAUGAUGUGCGUGGAGGAUGACAGUUCUGCGAGACCUACGAUGAGGGAAGUGGUUCACAUGCUCACAAAUCCUCCUCGUUCUGCCCCAAGCCUUCUCAAUCUAUAGUUAUCAGUUUGCUGGUUAUUUACUUUUAAAAGUGACCGUGUUCUCGAGUAAAUAAUUUAAUGUGAAUGCAAAAAAUGUAAAAUAAUUUUUGUUGCCAAUAGUUGUGUAGUGUCGUGGCAUAAACACAACCUUUCGUUAAUGCCAUGGUGAAAGGAGGGUUCUUGGGAUAAUUAACCUGUCCGUUGAUCCCUGUUUUGUUGUUAAAGUUGCUCUACUGAUGUUUCAUAUGUUUUCGGCCUUGCUUUUAAGUUAUCAAAUUGUGGUGUACUUGAUUUAUCAAAAUAUAUAUAUAUAUUUGUGGUGUACUAGAGUUUGUUGCAAAAA